UUGUUGCGAAACAGUUGGACUCCUUACGUCCUUGCCCCGUCCUCUCGAGAAAGAAAGUCCUUCUGUGUCGUCCGUUAACUCACACAUCUAGUACACCAACAAAAUGCUUUCCAAGAGAUUAUUUUCCACCUCUUCCAGACAGUUAACCAAGGCUGCUGUGUCGAGACUGGGCAACGGUAUCACAGUCAUCACCAAGCCUACUGCUGGCGCCAAGGCCUCGGUCGGUCUGUACCUCAACUCUGGUUCCAGAGCAGAGAACCCAUACAACUCGGGUAUCUCCAGCUUGUUGGGUAACGUCGUCAGCUCCUCCAAGGCUGCCGCCGACGCCCUCAAGAACGAAGGUGUCAAGUACUACUCCUCCAACCAGAAGGAAGUCACCGGCUUGCUUGCCGCCUCCUACCCUAAGGGUAACGCUGCAGGUGCGUUGGCCUCCAUCAAGAACACCAUCUCGCAACUGAACGCCAUUGUCAGCGAAGACGUGAGAGUCGCCGACCAGAAGGAGAAGUCCAUAGCCGUCACCGAGGCGUUCGAAAACUCGCCAAAGGACAUGGUCAUCGAACACAUGAUCGGCACUGCUUUCCAGGGCACCUCCUUGGCUUUGCCAAAGUACGGUAAGGCUGAAUCACUAGAAAUCUUGGAAUCAGAAGACCUCAAGAACUACUUGGCAUCCAACUUCGUCUCCUCCAACCUGGCUGUUGUUGCCGUCGGCGCAGAGAUCGACCACGACGCCCUCAUCAAGUUUGCCUCCGAACUCCCAGUGCCAACCGGCGCCAAGACAGCUUUCGAACCAGCCUCCUUCUUGGGUUCCGACAUCAGAUUGAGAGAUGAUAACUUACCACAAGCACAUGCCGCCAUCUCCGUCUUGACCCCUGGCUCCAAGGACUCCGCUGCCCACUACACAGGUUUGGUUGCUGCCCAAAUCAACGGCUCCUAUGAAGGUGCCAACUCCCCUUACAGUCACUUUGUUGGUUCCACCUUAGCACAAUUCCUUGAAGAAAACCACCUGAUCGACUCCUUCGACCACUUCCAAUUUGCAUACUCCGAUGUCGGUUUAUGGGGUGGUUACUUCGCCUCCCACAACGUCGGUAACUACGACGAAACCAUCCACUUUGCCUUGAAGAACUGGAACAGAUUCUCUACUGGUACCGUCAAUGAUAUCGAAAUCGCAAAGGCCAAGGCUGAGUUGAAGUUGAGAUUGUUAACUCCACCAGAAUGUCCUGUCCAACUCGCUGAAAAGUUGGCCACCGAAGCCUUCUUGUUGGGUUACGUUCCUUCCGAACAAGAAAUUGCAGCUAACGUCGACGCUGUCACCUCUUCCUCUAUCACCGGCUGGGCUCAGAAAUACUUAUUUGACCAAGAUAUUGCUAUUGCUGGUAACGGUCAAAUUGAGGCUUUGUUCGACUACAACAGAAUCAGAAACGACAUGUCCUUGUUGAGAUGGUGAUCAGUUUAAAUAUACAGACUAUACUUGAUAUUAAUUUAAAUGAUGAUACGAUGAAAACCCAUUUUCCCAACAAUAUUUAUACAAAAAUAACCUUCAAAAAACCAUUCAGUGAAUUUAACGCUUUUUUUUUCACAAAAGAAAAACAUCAAUUUCCAUUCUUCAUAUAAAGUACUCGGCUUCAUUAUCCGUUUAUCUCUUUUUACUCC